UCUGUAUAAAGACUUCCGCAUGGAAUCAGACCUUCUCUGCAGCGAGGCCCCACCAAACCGCGAAGAGCUUCUACCUCCCUCUUCGUGGAUUUCCAUAACGUCUGCUCGGCCUUCGCAGCCGACCCCAUCUACCUGUUUCCAGAAAAUUUCCGUUUGUAUAAACGCAAUUUACUCAGGAGGUGCUAGUUUGGAGUUUUUUGCGGUGCGGAAGUCCUUCCUUUUCAGCUUAUUAGCUCUUAAAAGACGCGAUUUUUGAUAAGAAUUAUCUUCUUCCUCCUCUUUAAAAGAUCUUUUUGAUCGAAAACAUUGAAAAUUAUCUUUUGGUGCCGUUGUUCAUCGGGCUGAGAUGCUACCUAGGGUUUUUCAUGCUGAAGAUGGCAAGGAUUUGGCGCAGAGGAUUCAACCCAGGGGUUAUUUGUUUAGCAUCGUCAAGUACUUUGGCCCUUUCUUGCUCCUGGCUGCUGGUUUUUUCAUCUUUGGUGCUCGGUUCUUCGAUACUCGAAUUUUAAAAUUGCAGUCGCCAAAGUCUGGUUUUUUGCCCUGUAUAACUGUGGAGCCGAGCGGUAUUAAUCGUUGGAUCAAACCUCCUUCUUCUUUGUUGCAUAACAUGAGUGAUCAUGAGCUCUUCUGGCUUGCGAGCUUCGCCCCAGAAGUAAAAAACUAUCCGUUCAAGAGAUUGCCGAAGGUUGCGUUCAUGUUCCUAACGAGGGGACCUUUGCCUCUCUCUCCACUGUGGGAGAAGUUCUUCAAGGGAAAUGAGGGCCUUUAUUCUAUCUUUAUUCAUUCUUUGCCCGGUUAUAAAGCCAGCUAUCCGAAGGACUCCGUGUUCUAUAAGAGGCAGAUUCCUAGCCAGGUAGCAGAAUGGGGAAGAAUGAGCAUGUGUGAUGCAGAAAAACGUCUCCUUGCAAACGCGCUCCUCGAUCUCUCCAACGAGUGGUUUGUUCUUCUUUCUGAGUCAUGCAUACCUCUCUACAACUUCAGCAUAAUCUACAAAUAUUUUCAGAGAUCUCACUUCAGCUUCAUGGGCGUUUUCGAUGACAAAGGCCCUCAUGGCAGAGGCCGCUAUAAUCCCAACAUGGCUCCAUUGAUUACCAUCGAUCAAUGGCGAAAAGGAUCUCAGUGGUUUGAAGUUGAUAGAAAUCUUGCAAUUUACAUACUUCAAGACACCAAGUACUACGCCAAGUUCAAGGAAUUCUGCAAGCCACCUUGCUAUGUUGAUGAGCAUUACUUCCCAACCAUGCUCCACAUUGAAAAAUCAGAUCUGAUAGCAAAUAGUAGUCUUACCUUUGUGGAUUGGUCAAGAGGUGGAGCUCACCCUGCAACUUUUGGCAAAGAUGAUAUCACUGAGGAAUUCAUGAAGAAGAAGCUUCUUAGUGGCUGGGAUUGUAUGUACAAUGGCCAGCAUUCUUCUCUCUGUGUUCUCUUUGCGAGGAAAUUUGCUCCCAGCUCUUUGCAGCCUUUGUUGCAGCUUGCUCCUGCUCUGCUCGGAUAUGGCUGAGAGAACAUUGAUGACCGUUCAACCAUUUUUUUAAGCCACAGAUGAUAUUAGAGCUUCUUAAUGUAAUUAGUACGAUAUAUGAUAUGUUUAGUGUAAAGAAAAAAAAACGAGAUUCAUAGAUUUCAGGUUACCGAUCAGUGUAACAAGUUAUUUUCUUUGAAUGAAAAUAUAUAGCAGUAGAAUUUUGGGGUAA